UAAUUUUAAUUGUAAAUUUGGGUUGUGUGUUUGUUAGCAGAAAAUCAUUUUUCCGCCUUUAAAGAUGUGAUAGGAAUGUGUUAAAGUGGCUUUAUGUUGAAUUACCCCACCUCCUCCUCCUCCUCCAAAUAAGCCCCAGGCUGCAGGUCGGUUCAGCUCGAGUGGAACGACUCGCAACUCGUGACCCCCCUCCCCAUUCUUGGGGCCAGGCCUUAAGAGAUGCUUUCUCCCCAUAACUACCUCUCUUUCUUUGCAGCUUUUAGUCGUAGUGUUAGAUGCUCCAGCGUUUACGAGAAGUUUGAGCCCACAUUUGAUCUCUGCAAGCUUGUAGGACUUGAUGACUGCCUGGAAUAAUUCCUAUUAAUUUUCUGACCCAAAUGGCCACGAAUAAGGUUGCAGCUGUGCAGAAAAAGAAGAGGAAAGACUUCAUACCUUAUUUUCUAGGAUUUGUGAUAUUUUUGUAUUGCACGGUCCACCUUGUGUCAUUCACAGCAAAAACAACUCAGGAGACCCACUCAGCCAGGGUGCGCCGGGCUCUUGAGAAUGAGACGGAGUGCAUCUCGCCACAGUCCUCUGAGUUUCCCGACGGCUUCUUCACGGUGCAGGAGAGGAAGGAUGGAGGACUCGUUAUUUACUUCAUGCUUAUUUUCUACAUGCUGUUGGCCGUCUCGGUAGUCUGCGACGAUUACUUUCUGCCGUCGUUAGAAGUGAUCAGUGAACGUCUGGGACUGUCUCAGGAUGUAGCAGGAGCCACGUUUAUGGCAGCUGGGAGUUCUGCACCUGAACUGGUCACAGCCUUUCUGGGUGUGUUUGUGACAAAGGGAGACAUUGGGGUCAGCACCAUCGUGGGAUCAGCAGUCUACAACCUGCUAGGAAUCUGUGCUGCAUGUGGUCUCUUGGCCUCUAUGGCUGGGAGACUCACCUGUUGGCCACUGUUCAGGGACUGCCUGGCAUAUGGCAUCAGUGUCGCCGCUGUGAUUGCCAUCAUUUCCGAUAACAAGGUGUACUGGUACGACGCUGCCUGCCUGCUGCUGGUCUACGGUGUCUACAUCGUGGUCCUGUGCUUUGACCUUCGCAUCAGUGAGUUCGUCCUGAGGAAGCUGAGCCCUUGCUGCACCUGUCUGGGUAAAGGAUCUGGCGAGAAGACGGAGAGGCAGCCUCUCAUGGGCUGGAACGACGACACCAAUCUGCGAGUCCACAGUCGCUCCAGAACGGACAGUGGGAUCUUCCAGGACGACUCAGGAUACUCUCACCUGUCCCUCAGCCUGCAUGGCCUCAAUGAGAUUCCGGAAGAGCACAAAAGUGUUUUUGCUGUGCCGGAGAGCGACAUGAAGCGGAUCCUCUGGGUUCUGUCUCUGCCCAUCAUCACUUUGCUUUUCCUGACCACCCCUGACUGCAGGAGAAGGUUCUGGAAGAAAUGGUUCGUGAUAACCUUCAUCAUGUCGGCUGUGUGGAUCUCGGGCUUCACAUACAUACUGGUGUGGAUGGUCACUGUUGUCGGUGAGACCCUCAACAUCCCUGAUACAGUUAUGGGACUUACUCUGCUUGCUGCUGGGACCAGUAUACCCGACACUGUGGCCAGCGUGAUGGUGGCCAGAGAAGGGAAAGCAGACAUGGCCAUGUCCAACAUCGUGGGCUCUAAUGUUUUUGACAUGCUGUGCCUGGGCCUCCCUUGGUUUAUCAAGACUGCUUUUGUGGACACCACCAACCCCGUAGAGGUCAACAGCACUGGACUGGUCUUCAUUUCCUGCACGCUUCUCCUUUCCAUCGUCUUCCUUUUUGUAGCCGUUCAUAUUAACGGGUGGAAGUUGGACUGGAAGUUGGGAAUCGUUUGUCUCAUCUGCUACAUCCUCUUUGCCACUCUGUCCAUCCUGUAUGAACUGGGGAUUAUUGGAAAUAAUCCGAUAAGACUGUGCAGUGACUGAGAUCUGACCUCUCCUGGACUGAAGCCAUAGCCUCUGAGACCCUUAACAACAGUGCAAUAACAGAACAAAACAAGACAAGGAUCCAGGGUCCCUCUCACGUACUUCUAAAGAAGAUGAAAAGGAUGAUCUCUUUUAGUAAUUUAUAUAUUUAAUUAAACCAAAGGGAGGAAUGUACCAAAGAUCAUCCUCUUGUGUGCAUGUCAGCCCAGACUUCUCAAGACCCGCCAUCAAGUCGACAGGUCUCCUGUCUUACUCAAAGACCUAUAUAGAGAAAAUGUGUCAUCACAGGACUAACUGCAGAGUUCAGAUAAAUCCAGAACUGACAAGUCAGAGUCAAGUAAUAAAAGUGUCAACUAUAUUCAUGUGGCCUUGUCCUCCUUUUCAGGUCAGUGGUCAAGUUAAAAGACAACAAAAAAAAAAGAGAGGGCACUAAGUACACAACUUUGAUAACCUUUUACAAGCAAGUCCUUAUUGUCUGCAAAGAGGAUGGUGUAAAGAGUCACAAGCAGCAAACUUUCCACUCCUCUUCCAUCACCUUGAAUGGAAAAAUUACUUCAGUUUUUGGUAGUUGUGCUUCCAGGUAACUGUAAAGCUUACCUGGACCUGAGACACCGAUCUAUACCAAGAAUUCUAAGUGACCAUCCUAUUCUUUGGAAUAAUAAUAAAAAAAACAAUCUCAGAUUUAUGGAACUUUUAUCACUUUCUGUGAUUAACGUUGGUGAAAUCAAUGUCCAUUCUAUCCAGCUGCUG